AUGGUCAUAAGUGAUGAAUGGAAUUAUUAUAGAGAGGAUGAUAUGGUGAAAGUAAACUUUAUGAAGGAAAAACUUAUAAGUGAUGAUUGGUGGGAUAAAACAACUUACAUCAUUGAUUUCACAAAGCUCAUCUAUGACAUGCUUAGAGUACGUGACACUGAUAAGCCAUGUCUUCAUUUGGUAUAUGAGAUGUGGGAUUCCAUGAUUAAGAAAGUGAAGUGUGAAAUAUACAAGAACAAAAAACGUUUUCUUUCAGAUUUCAGUCCUUUUUAUCACGUUGUUUAUGAGAUUCUUAUAGCUCAUUGGACAAAGAGUUAUACUUCUCUUCAUUAUCUAGCUUAUUCACUAAAUCCAAGGUUUUAUAGUGAUAGUUUGCUAACCGUGUAUCCUGUUAGAGUUGCUCCUUAUAGAGACGAUGAAAUAUCUCGAGAGAGAAUGAAGGGAUUUCGUAGGUUAUUUCCAAAUGAUGAUGAUUAUGACAAAGUCAUGGAUGAAUAUGUUUGUUUCUCACCUAAGAGUGAGCCUUUUGAAGAUUUGAUUUCCCUUACAAAGAGGUAUUCUUCGAAUCCAAAAAGUUGGUGGGCUAACUUUGGUGUUGAAACUCCAUUGCUCCAAUCUUUGGCUAUCAAAGUGUUUGGACAACCUACUUCAUCUUCUUGUUGUGAAAGAAAUUGGAGUACUUAUUCCUUUAUCCACUCACUUAGGACGAAUAAGUUAAAUCUGAGUCGUGCUGAAGAUUUAGUUUACAUCCACUACAAUCUUCAUCUUUCAUCAAGGAGUUCUAGUCAUUAUGAGGAUGAGAAAACUAAGAUAUGGGAUGUUGGUGGUGUAGAUAAGAAGAAGAAAGUCCCUGAGGAACCAUUCGAGGACUUCAUCAAGUCAAAUGAGGGAAUAACUAAGAAGAAAGUGCCAGAGUUAAUGAGCUUUGAAGAUAAUGCCCCGCAUGAAGGUCUGGAGAGAGGAGUCAAAUCUAUUGCCGUGCCAGAAUGGUAG